GAUAAGGCCGACGAGGGCCCCUUCUGUCUCCGCGUGGCAACACGUACACCUGUGGACAGGAUGGAGAACGACACUGAAUCCAGAAAGCUGAAUGGCCAGCCUGAGGGUUCCGCAGCCCUUUCAAAACCCAAAGAGAGCAUGCAGCUCAAAAAGGAAAUCUCUCUUCUGAACGGCAUCAGCCUCAUCGUGGGGAACAUGAUUGGCUCCGGCAUAUUUGUGUCGCCAAAGGGUGUUCUGAUCUACAGCGCCUCCUAUGGACUGUCUCUUGUUAUCUGGGUCAUCGGUGGCAUCUUUUCAGUAGUGGGUGCACUCUGUUAUGCAGAGCUGGGCACAACAAUCACGAAGUCUGGUGCCAGCUACGCCUACAUCCUGGAGUCGUUCGGAGGCUUCAUAGCGUUUAUACGUCUAUGGACAUCGCUGCUUAUCAUCGAACCGACAGGCCAAGCUGUAAUUGCCAUAACUUUUGCCAACUACUUGGUUCAGCCGCUCUUCCCCACCUGCGAGCCUCCAUAUUCUGCUUCUCGGCUUAUUGCUGCUGCUUGUAUUUGCCUGCUCACCUUUAUUAAUUCCGCUUAUGUCAAGUGGGGUACCAGGGUGCAGGAUGUCUUCACUUACGCCAAAGUGCUGACCCUCAUCGUCAUUAUCAUCACAGGGCUAGUGAAACUGUUCCAAGUCUCUUGCUGCUGCAGGUUGUUCUUCGUGGGAGCUCGAGAAGGUCAUCUUCCAGAUGCUUUGUCUAUGAUUCACGUGGAGAGAUUCACACCGGUUCCAGCUCUGCUAUUUAAUUGUGCCAUGGCUCUGAUCUAUCUUACAGUGAAGGAUGUUUUCCAGCUGAUUAACUAUUACAGCUUCAGUUACUGGUUUUUCGUUGGCCUAUCUAUUGCCGGGCAGAUCUACCUUCGCUGGAAAGAGCCGGACAGGCCCCGACCACUGAAGUUGAGUCUACUGUAUCCCAUCAUCUUCUGCAUGUGUGUUGUGUUCCUGGUGGCUGUGCCACUUUAUUCUGACACACUCAACUCACUCAUUGGAAUUGCUAUUGCCCUCUCUGGAGUGCCUGUUUACUUCUUGGGUAUCUAUCUUCCAGAGUCCAAGCGGCCACCCAUCAUCACUAAACUGUUACGUGCCAUCACCCGUUUCACCCAGUUCACCUGCUUUUGUGUGCUCACUGAGUUAGACACUGUUGAUUAGAACACUUGCACCCCGUUUGACACAAACCCACUGGUAUGGGGAGAGGAAACCAAUAUCUGGAGAAACGGGAAAAAGAUCUUCUACACUUUUAAAGACACAGAUGCACUCUUAAUGUCACUGCGUUGGAUUCUUCUUUUUCUUAAUUAUAAAAGGGUUCUGUUAAGGUAAUGGUGCAAUGAGUAUUAGAAAUAUGACCUUAAGAACCAUAUGGCAUGAAAA